AUGUUGGUAGUGGGAAACCACGAUUUCGAAAAACAACCAGCCGUCACACACCAGAACGGAAAUGUCACUACAGCCAGUCCACUGAUUAUCACUGAUCAGGAUACCUCGGCUAAUCGAUUUGGUAAGAAAGCUUGCAAUUCAUACUUUAUAACAAGCUCUGAUCCAGAGAACGGUUCUUGAUUUUCCAGUAUGAAAAAAACGCAAAUUGUAAGGCUAUUUUUGGAAUUUUUGAAGAACUUUAACCCUUUUUAAUAUCUUUACGCGCAAGCUGAUUUUGGUCGGAUGCAAUCGAAAACUGAUGGUCUUCUUCUUCUUCUUUUCCUAGGCCUUUGUACCGCUUGAGCGGCGUCGGCGCCUCAAGUCGAUCAGUCGAGGUCCUAUUCUGAUAUCAAUGAUAAUAAGUAGACUGGCUCUAGUGACAUAUCCGUCCUUGUGUGUGACGGCUGGGGAUUUUGAAGUCGUGGUUCCUACUACCAACAUUUCUUAAAUCCCUUGGUUGGGUCGAGGGGAUCGAACUUGUGACCCUGUGGACCGUAGAUAGGCAAAAAACCUGUGCGCUACGAUCCUAUGAUCUUCAUCCUCAAAAUUCGAUUUUUGUUUAGUAAUUUUCUUUAAAAACCAUUCAUGUUUGACCUACUCAAAUUUUUCAUCGACUUAAUUUUUUUAAAGAAGGAAUAACGAAAUUAAUGAGUUUUUAGCUUGAAAAAGAUACAGAAUCUCUUAAAUUCACUUAUAGUGGAAAUUCGUUAGUGAGUUCUAAUAGAAUAAAAAGUGAAAUUGAUAAAACUUCAUGAAGGAAUCAUUUUUCACAGCAAGUCAUGCAUUUUAUUUGCUUUUUUGAUUUCUCACUAACUUUGAGCCAAUACAUUUUUUCUUUCAGUUUUCGAAAGGUUCCUUGCAUGCUGAAACUUUAAUUUCAUGGAGAGUUGAAGUAAAUUCAAAGAUUCAAACCUUUUUCCUAUGAUAUUUUAUCGCAAGUUCAAAAAAAUAUAAAAAAACGUUUUUGAGUCAUCGAAAACAAAAGUAUUUUUUUAGAAUUAUUAUUUUUUUACUAAAUUUAAACCUAACUAUUUAGCUGAGUCAUUCGACGUUGUCAUGAACAUCUCAUUAGCAGCAAAGGAGUGCGAAAACAACAUUUGUUAUUCCCUGGUUUGCAUUUACAAAAAAAAAGAAGUUAGUCAUAAUGCUCUUGUUUUUUUAGACACCUCAAAUAACAGACCAAGGCUUUUGGAAUGAGCACAAAGGCCUCAUUAUCGAAGAAUGCGUCGUGACUGGAACCUGCAAAAAAACUAUAUUCGUGAGUCGAGAUGGAAAAACAAUUAAAAAAAGCUAUGGUGGAAAUAUAUUUGACAAGAAAUGAAAGGAGCAAAAUAAUAUAAAAAAAGGAGAAAUAAAUAAAAAAAUAAAAAAAUAAAAUUGAAAUAAAAAAAUUGAAAAAAAUGAUAAAAAAAUUAAAAAAAUUAUAAACUUCAAACAUCGGAACUUCUGAACGUCUGUGUAGCUUACAUGUAGACGAAUAAAUUUAUUCUAUUCAAAAAGGGAAAAAUAGCCAUUUAUAAAUUGAGAGAUGGCAUGAAAAAAAUAAAACUGACGGGAAUGCAAUAAAGUAAAACCCGAUUUUUGCAGCACCUCGACAAGUACAGUUAUCGUGACUAGCUAUACACGUAGAUUAAAGUGAUUGAGUGAAGAAAUUUUCUAAAAAAGUCUGGCCGGCAAGUUUGCGUACAAUUCGUAGCUGUCGAGCGAGUCGAGGAUCCUUCUAAAUCUGGUCGGCGAAAUGUUGAGGUCAUAUUUACAGCAGAGCCGAAUCCAAACUGGAAUGACUGAACUGAAGAAGUUCGAGAAAUGAGAAACCGUCUGAACAAGCCGAAGAGGCUGUUGAGGCGAAUGAGUUCUUCUGAAGUAUUUUUCUGCGCUUGGAAAAUUAUAGAUGCCCAAGACAACUCUUUGGAGUGUUAGCAAUGAAGCGAUUGUUCUUCUAAGGAAAAAAAUCGCUGGUUUAAGUGUCUCCAGACGAUCGGAAUACGAAGAAAAAUAGAUGUUUCUUCUGAUGAAGAUUUUUUUUGUGAAUCAUCGGUAGGGUUUUUCAAGUAGAACAGUCAGCUGGGAAUUAGUUGGCGGGCAGAUACUAUCAGCGCAAUACACUGCGUUCAAUAAGGAUAGGACCCCCUCGAUUUUGGACUGUCUGGCAAAAUACGAAAAGAUAUUGAGAAUCUGUGGGUCCAUUCGAUUCAGAGUACAAAAUAACCCCCAGAGCUAAAUUUUCAUUAUCCUAGCACUUUACCCACAAGAAUGACAUCCAAAAAACGGUUUUUCGACCGUUGAAUAAGGAUAGGACCACCUGGAAAUUUUGACUUUCAUUGGUGGUUUUUGGUCAUUUUCUCUUCGAACAAAGUCGAACAGCCGAGGUCCUAUCCUGAUCAGUGAUAGUCAGUGGACUGGCUCUAGUGACAUUUCCGUCCUGGUGUGUGACGGCUGGGGAUUAUGAAGUCGUGGUUUCCCGCUACCAACAUUUCUCAAACCCCUUGGUUGAGCCGAGGCGCGAAUAGAACUUGUGACCCUGUGGACCGUAGACAGGCACACAACCUGUUGCGCUACGGCGCGCCCCAAUGGAAAACUGAUUUUACUGAACAGAAAGAAGUUUGAACUUUUGAACUGAAUUUUCGCGAAAGCUUGUAUCGCAUUCAACUUUCUCUAUGUGACGCGGUCAUUAAUGAACACAGUUGAAUCGAACUUUUUCAAAAGGUUAUAACUUUCCAAAUCGUAAAUAAUUAAAAAUGAAUUUCAAGGAAUAAAAUUGGGCAUUUUUCAGCGCACAUCGUCACCCUAAUCGUCGUUAUUGGCCUCGCGAUCGCAAUCGCCAUCAUCUGUAUUGCCGCGAGGAAGUACUUUUUUCACUUUUUUUUUGAUUUUCGUCAAGUAUCUUUCAAAAAAUGUAUUUUUAGCCGUCGGCGAAACAAUAUGUUCCGAAUGAACUGGAAAAUAGCGAAAGAAGACAUGAAGAUCAUUGUGAACAAGAACGCCGACACUGUAACAAUAAGCAUCCACUUUCUUUGAAAAUUUUGUUCUUCAGAGGAUGCAAAGAGAAUUGGAGAAUAAAAAGGCGUCAGAAUCUGGAAAAUCGGCCAGGGAACUUUUGGCUACCAGAAGGAGAGUAUUUGGAUCGUACGCCUUGUUGGGAUCUGUCAAAGCGGAGUUCAUACAUUUCCGGCAAUUGAAGAAGAUCAAAUGGAACGAGUUCGUUGGUUUUUUUUUGAUUUAUGAAAGUUUUACUUUUUUUUUUGUUUUUUAUUUUUGUUCUCACUUUUUCUGAUUUUUUUAAAACAAGAAAAAAGCUCCUUUUCAUAUAUCCGGAAAAUGAAAAAAGUCGAGAUAUCAGAGUUUGAUGAAACUUCGUGAAGAGUACUUUAUGACCUCCCAAAUUCAAAAAAGUUGAAAAAACUGUCUUUUGCGAUUUAUUCGAAUUAUAAAAAGUUCAAAUUUUGCACGCAGAAAUUACACAAGAAGGAUGAAAAGAAUGCUUUGCGGCGGCUGACGGCAGUUACAAGGAGGCGCGUGGUGUAGUGGCUAGCGCCCUUGCUCUGCGGAGCCCAUGAUGUAGGUUCAACUCUUUUUGGUGAAAUUUUUUUGUCAAUUUUUUUCUUGAAGAACUUUAUGAAGUUUUGAGGAUUUAACGCAAACAACCGCUCAAAGUGUUUAGAUUUACUAGUAUUUGUCGUUUCGAGAGUUUUAUUCGGCAAAAAGUUUUUUUCGUGAAUUUCUUUACGCUAUGCUCUUUUUUUAUCGCAAAAAUUUUGUUGAAAAAAACAUCAAAUCAAAUUUCGACUUUCUUUUUAAUAACAGCGUCUCAUGAGCAUUAAUAAAAUUGAAAAAAAUUAUUUCUUCAAUGAUAAUUUUUUUCUAACUAGGGGGCGUUUUUACCCCCGGUUGAACUUUUGUUGAAACUUUCCUGAAGUGUACUUUAGGACCCGCUGAUUCCAGAACAAAAAAAAAUUUAUUGCAAUAGAUCUUGUUUUCGAGUUAGUGAACUUCGAAAGCCCGAAACAACGCUUUUUUGGCCUAAUUUGCGUAUUUUGAACACUUUGAAAUGUCCUAACUCGAAACUGAAUCUAUUGCGAGAAAUUUUUUUUUUGAUCUGCAAUCAGAAAGUCCUAAAGUACACUUCAGCAAAGUUUCAGCAAAUGUUCAACCGAGGGUAUAGACGUUCGCUGGUAAGCAACAGAAUUUUGUGAAUAUUAACGUUUUUGCGGUUAUUUGCGCACACUUAUUAAAACUUCGUUCCUUUUUCAAGAAAAUUUUCACCAAAAAGAGUUGAACCAACAUCAUGGGCUCCACAGCGCAAGGGCGCUAGCCACUGCGCCACGCUACCUCCUUGCAAAAUCGAUCAGCCGCCGCAAGACUUUCCCAUCUCUCACAUAUUUUGCGUGCAAAAUCUAAGCUGUAGUAACUCGACUAGAACGCAAAAAACACAUUUUUUCAACUCCUUCAGGUGGUCCCAAAGUGCCUCUGUAGAAAGUUUCAUCGAGCCAUGAUACCUCGACCUUUUGCGAUUCCCUUGAGGUUUUUUAACUCUCCGGGUCCUGCGAAAUAUUUUUCAAGACUUUACGGGCGCUCAAACUUCGAACUCGGAAGCUUGUGCUUUUUCUCAGAGCCGUUUUUGGUCGGGCCCAAAAUGACCUUUUUGUAAUUAUGAAAUUUUCAGCGUUUCUUAGUGCGAGCAUGUGUUUCACUGUAGGUGGAGAAAAAACAAAUAAUUUUUGUCCAGAAUGAGACAAGAGACAUACGUCGGCUGGAUCCCACUCCGGGGUGUGGCCUACCGCCCCCCCCUCAAACUGCGGCCUACCCCUUCAAAAAUGCGGCCUACCUCCCAAAAAGGAAAUGGCUGGGGUGGGAUCUAGCCGACGUAUGACAAGAGAAAUAAAAAGAACAACAGGCGAUAAACGCAAUUAUUUUUUGCAUAUUUUUUAAUAUUUUACGAUUUUUUUGAUGAAGACUAGGCGAUUUUCAAACAACGUACUUGCAUCAUGACCGCAUGGAGAAUGGCUUCCAAAAGUUGACCAAAAAAGAAAAGCGCUCCGCAGAACGUUGAAGAGAGAGAAGAAGCGCAAGUCGUUGAGAGUCGGGUGCAUCUGAAAAAUAUCGAUUAUUAAUCUGUAUUUGAGUUGUAACAUUUUUGCAAAAAAUAAUGCUUUUUUUGAGAUAUGAAUCUAAACUUAAAUGACCCUCAUAGUCUUUAAACUUUAAAGGCUGACUUAAAAAGUGUUUUUUUUACUAUUUUAUUCAUUUGUGUAUUUCAGUGACGAGUUAAGAGCUUUAUUCGAAUUGAAACAGUUACAACACGACAAUAUCACAAAGUUCGUCGGGAUCAACUGCAACGAAGGCGAUUAUUUCUACGUUCUUCAUGUUCUUAUCGAUAGAGCGAGCUUGCAAGUUAGCAAAAGCUUCAGUUCACAAAAAACCGCAAAUCUCAGGACUUCUGCCUUGAUUCUGACUUUCAAAUGGACAACACCUUCAAAUCAGCUUUUAUGAGAGACAUUCUAAGAGUAAUUGAAUUUUUUAAUUUUUCAGUUGUCAAAUUUUCAGGGUCUCUCCUACUUACACAAGUCACCAGUUGGUUACCACGGAUUUCUCAGCACUCAAACUUGCCUAAUUGACACAAAUUGGGUGCUGAAACUCUCGAACUUCGGCGUGAGCAAUAUGUUGUGCGACUUGAUGAAGAAGGAAUGUCUCAAGGGAGCCGAUCAUGCACCUCCUUUAGGUAAGUGCACAAAAUAAUGAGGGACGUCGAGGAUCAUUUUGUAACUAAGGAAACGGAGUGAUUCUCAAAAAUCUAAGGCUGACGUGAAGCGACGAUUUUAGUUAACGAGUGUGCAUUUUUAAUGAGGACCUGUUGAUUGAGGGUAGUUGGAAAACCUAUAAGCUUUGAGUUAAAUAUGAGGGAGCGUUUUUUUCGGUCCCCGGUUAAUUUUUUGAUGGAAUUUUGUUGAACUGGCUUUCAGGGGCUUCUGAUUCCAGAACAAAAUCGGGAAAUAGAAAAUCCUGAAGUACACUUCAGAAUCUUCAGAAAGCUAUGUUAAAAUCUAAACAGGGAGCUAAAAUACGUACCCCAUUGAGUUGGAGUAGACGAUAAUGAUUUUAUUGCAGUUUCCUACUCCCUGUACACUUGGUUCGCUCCGGAACACAUGAAGGAAUACGAUGACACAGGCAAAAAACCGCCAAGAAUGUUGCCUGGAAGUUUGGAAGGCGACAUGUACUGCUUGGGCAUGAUCCUCUACCAGAUGUUGUUCCGAACGGAGCCUUUUCAACAGACAACUUUUGAAAGACCUGGCGCAGGUUAGUCUCAAAUUAACAACAUUCAUAAAAAUUCCGCCUAAGUUGCGUUUCUUUUUGGCCGGAACGACCGUGUACCAUUUUGGAUCAAAGUUGACCAGACUUCGCUUCGAGACCUUUUUUUUCUGUUUCGCCUGCUUUUUUGUUGAGCAACGUGCAGAAUCUAUUGAAGAAUGUUUUACUUGUGCCAAGGCACUAUAAAGCAAUUUGAUUCAACAGAAGAUGUCUGGAAUAAUCAAAAUUUGACUGAGCUUUGUGAGGCAAAAGUCUAGAAAAAAAAAAUCAGAUCUUGCUACUCGAAACUUUGCAAGUGUCACAGAAAGUUAAAAUCUCCAGAAAUAGCGUUUUUGAAGAAAAAAGUUGAAUUUUCUUGAGCUGUUCACCUUUUUCAUAACAUUUCAAUACAGCUCUGACCUUUUCUUGGGUUUUCAUGUUGUUUGAAAUCUUCUUCAACGAUAUUUCUUUCAAAGAAUAUUUCAGCAUUCCUCUGCGACAUCAUGCACAACAACUUGCAACCGACAGUGACAAUGAACGGAGAAGAAGACAAACUGAUCGAAGUCAUACAGAGAUGUUGGAGUCGAACAAUAUCGGAAAGACCGAAAAUCAAAACCAUCUUGGAUACAAUCAGCAUAGUUUAUCCAACGUAAGCGGAUUUUUCCAAUUAAAAAAAGGCUUCUCUUUAGGAAAGGCAACUUAGUGGAUCAAAUGAUGAAGAUGAACGAGAAGUACGCCGCAAAUUUGGAGCAGAUAGUAAGAGAAAGAAAUGAAAUGUUGCAAAUUGCUCAGCUGCAAACGAUGAAGUUGUUGAAUGAGAUGCUACCUGAGUAAGUUUUUUUGCAAAAAUUGGUUGAUUGUGUUUGAAAAUUUGAAAGUAAAAUCCGAUCUUUUCAGAUCAAUCGCUCAAAUCCUGAAAUCUGGAGGAGUUGUCCCACCGAGAAGUUACGACUCCGUAACAGUCCUUUUCGUCCAGCUUUGUGAUUUUUCCGUUUUAUUGCAUCGAAGUUCACCGGAUCAAGUUAGCUGUAUUGACAAAACUUCAUAAACAAUUUUCAUAUAGGUCAUCUACUUUUUGAAUGAUAUUUUCGACCACUUCGAUACGAUUAUCAAAGGCCACGAUGCUUACAAGGUUCUUUUUUAGUUCAUUCAAAGCUAAGGAAAAAUAAUUUCAGGUCGAAACAACCGGAGAAACCUACAUGGUUGCGUCCGGAGUGCCUCACGAGAACGAAGGACGGCAUAUUUUUGAAAUCGCAGAAAUUAGUUUAGAAAUUAGAGAGGUAUACUUUAUCUUCCACGGUUUGAAACAUUUUGGUCGCAAUUGAAAUAGCUGAGUUUUUUUUGAUACCACCAAAAAUAUUGCAAUUAUCAUUUUUCUUCACUUUUUUUUUGUUAUUUGUUUAAAACACUUCAUUGAACCGUCUCACACUUGCGGGAGAAAUACAUGGGAGAUUUACAGCAAGCGCAAGUCGCUCUGUGGUCGAGCGCACUAUCCCAAAUGCUUUUUAUAACCUUUGAGAUAUUAUCUGUGGCCACUUUAUUUCAAACCAAGAUUAAUAUACUAUAAGUUUAAAUUUUAACAAAUCUUUACUGUUUCAGGUGUCAUAUACCUACGUUGUUGAUCAUUUACCUGAGUAUAAAGUGAGAUUUGCCUUGAUACUCCUUUCCAAAAAGUUUUACUUUUAGGUACGGGUCAGAAUCGGGUUCCACGCGGGUCCCAUCGCUGCAGGCGUUAUUGGUAUCAAAUCGCCUCGUUAUUGUUUAUUCGGUGAUACUGUGAGUUCGAACCAUAUUACCUUUCAGAAAUUAAAGUAUUUCAGGUGAACUUUGCCUCCAGGAUGCAAUCGAAUUGUCCACCAAAUCAAAUUCAGACCAGUGAACAGACGGCCAGACUCUUACUCAGUACAAAUUCUUAUGAACUUGUCAAGCGAGGAAUUGUUCAUGUUAAAGGAAAAGGUUGGCUUAUUAUACAUAAUAUUUGAGUUCAGUUGUUUUAAUCGAGAAAAAAAGAUGGAAAAAUCAAAAAGUAACGGAAACUUUUUUUCACUCUGGGAAUCUGAGGUAAUAAAUUGAUCCUUUAGCCAAAAGCAACUCGUUUUUGCGUGAGAGGCUUAUUCUCGAAUUUUUCCUACCAAAGGGGGAUUUCAUUCCAAAACCUUUCGUUAUGAAAGAAAUUUGCACUAGAUUUUUUUGAAAAUACUUUAUCAUCUUAGAAAAAAAGUUUUUUUGAUAAUGAUAGAUGUGAUGAACUGACUCUUUAAUGCAGUCUUCAAGAUUUAUCAGAAAUAUGUUUAAUUCACGAUUUAUUUUUGCGAAGUUCAUCUAUAAGCAAAAAAAGCUUCCUUUUUUCAAGCCUCAGCAAAAUAUUGAAUAGAAAAUCCAGAAAAAAGAAAUUUAGAGGAUUCAUUAUUAUUCAGGAGAAGUGAAUUGCUACUGGCUGAACGAACACUCUCAUCCGGAUGAACCACAAACGAUAGAACCUUUGAGACCUUUAACAAAAGCUGGGAAUCCAGUCACAAUGCCUAGCACGGAAUUGAAGCACACUUAG